CUUUGCCCGCGCGCGGACUGUCCCCGCUUCGAACCAGCAUGGGGCGCUUAGCUAACAGACAACCAGUUCAUUCUGCAAUUGGCUCAAGACCGACCGACACUUCGCUCGAUCAACCGACCACCGCAGUCUACAGAGCGAUAGCAGCUCUGUCCCUACAGCAGCAACAACAGCAAACAGCACCAUGGUUAACAUCCGCAACGCCUUCACCUUUGGCUGCGUGGCCCUUGUGGCGUCCGUGAGCGCCUUCAGUGAGGAGCACCGCACCCUGCAGGCGGUCAACUUCCGCUCGGAAAUGCUGGAGGCCAUCAACGCUGUCCGGAAGACGGAGGGCCUCAAGCCCAUGUGCCUCAACGAGAUGCUCAUGGACGCGGCCCAGAUCCAGGCGAACGACAUGGCCGACGGCAACUUCAUCAAGAGCAAGGGCUCGGACGGCUCCACGCCCAAGCAGCGCGCCGCGGACCAGGGCUUCAAGGCGGCCGAGGUGACGGAGGUCGUGGGUGCCGGCUACAGGACGGCGUCGAGCAUUGUCGCCGCGUGGGCCAAGUCCUCGAGCGCCAAGAGCACGCUGCUCAGCAAGCACAACGUCAUGGGCCCCGGCUACACGUUCGACAAGACGCGGAAGUACGUGCACUUCUGGGCUGUCGACUUCUCCACCGGCGAGUGCGGCGAUGGAACCGCCGCGGGUGGAGCUGGCGCCGCUGGAUCCUCGAGCGGAAUCGGCGCCGGCAGCGUCGAGCUCCCCGAGUCCGGCAGCGGAGCC